AUGACCACGCCACGCUUCGCUUUCAUCUUGUUCCUCGCCUGUUUCUUCAUGUCGACGCUCCAAGCUUUGGCGCGUGAGCCUGAGGAUGGGUUCCCACCAGCUCACGUUCGGGCCCAGCAAGCAGCCUUGCGGGCACAGCGGGCCGCUCAGGCGGCUCAAGCGGCUCAGGCUGCCCUUCAAGCAGCCGCACAGCGGCUUCGAGACUCGAUGCUCACGAUCGAACGCCGCUACCAGCUUCCCGCCGGCACUCUUGGGCCUGCAACGCCUUACACCAGUGACCAGCACGGCACCAUCGAUGUUCAGCUUCGAGACGCAAGGAUGCGGAUGCUACCGGUCGCGACACAGGCCGCUGAAGGCUACACGCUGUACGCCUCGACAGGGAUCGCGAUCGAUCCAGAGACAGGCGCGCGUGGUCUGACGCUGAUUCUGUUCAGAGUUCAUACGGACGGACGCGUCGUGCCACUCGGUCAUACCAGAGUCUCAUCCAGACGAUCUGAUGAGCCUGACCACAAUAUACCCAGCGGCGCUGUUCGAGCGGCUCAGCAGCGCGGACGAGCCGCACGAGCUGCACAGCUCGCUGAAGCUGCCCAAAUCCAGCGCGACAUCGAAGCCGCCCUGGCUGCCCGACAGGCAGCCCUUCGUCACCUCCACCACGCCAUCACGCUGAUUCGCGCACGCUUCGAUCUUCCUCCCGCCGCUCUGGGCGCUUUCAACCCUUAUCUGGCUAGCCAGCACGACUUUCUCGCUGCCUCGCUUCGGAAUCCCAGAACGAGGUAUAUGCCCGUGGCAGAUCUGAGCCAUCAGGGCUAUGCGCUGUAUACGACGCUGGCUGCGACAAACGACGGCGGCGUCUCGCUGCUCAUGUUCAAAGUCUAUCGGCAGGGAGGACGUGUGGUACCCGUGGGCCUGGCACAGGUGCAUCGCGAGACAAGGGAGGGGAGGAACAUCGUGCAGCGCGUCAUCUCGCAGGCUGACGCAAGCUGGGAGACGCUGCAGAGAGAGUUUGGUCCUUUGGACGUCGUCCGGCCUUAG